AACUCCCCUCCAACCUGAAGAGGACAAGCCACUCUUUUCUGGUCGAGAACCAUGGCCUCAGACUUGGAGGAGCUGAUCCUCAUCCCAGCCGCUUCACAAUCAGUAAUUGGAGCUGAUAUUUCUGCAUGGAUUAAAAACAGGAGCAUACUGUUAAUUACAAACUACAAAUCUACAUUUAAAAUAAGUACAGAGCAUCAGUUUUGUAGGAGAUCCAUUAAAUACCAGAAGCAUUUAGGUGUGAUUUUAGACCAUGUAAUGUUGUACUCAUGUCUGUGACGUCAUGAGCUCUCGCUGGGAUUCACUAAACACAAUGUAAUGACUGGCUCAGUCUGUUAAAAAAAACGUUUUUUAUUUUCGUUUUUUAUAAUGUCUUAAAGUUGAUCUAUUUACUAUAAAGCUUUUAAUACAGUUCUUUUAUUUUUAAAAUGUGUUUUUUGAAAAGCCAAGUCGUCAACAACGACACACCCCUACAGAUGUCGCUCUCUGAUUGGCUGACACUGCGCCUACCCCCGGUCUGCUUCUCAGUGUUUUCAUUGCGAGUCCGCUCCGGUCGAGCUUUUCACUUGUGCGAGACUUUGCGAUUUGGAAGUUUUCCAGUGCUGCCAGCUGUGAUCUUCACCUGUUCUUUACUACACCCACCUUAAAUCAUCUACACUACUGUUACAUCUCAAUCAGAAAACAACACACUGACUAGAUAAACAUAUUCAGACACACAAGACAUUUAUUUUCCAAGCUACACAUAAUAUUCACUAACACACACACUUUCACACACACAUUCACUCACAUACUAUCUUCCCACAAACACUGUUUAAUUAAUUUGGAACAUAUUUAAAUACAUUUCACAGUUUGUAUUUUCUCUGUUGCUUUGGUCUAGAUCACCUGUUUUUCCUCCCCCAGUUUUCUUCUGUUCUCAUUGUCUUAACAGGAUGCCACGCAAGGGACGACGCUCCGAGGCCGCCAAGAAGAGAUGGAGGACCCUGGACCUGGAGGACCUGCAGGGCAGCCAGCCGGACGUCGCCAAGCCCAGGACAUCCCCACCCACCGCGCAGGCUUGGACCCCCACCCAGUCUCCGGAGAAGAAGGUGGAGGGAACUCCGACUGAGAGGACCAGGCCAGCCCGUCGCCAGCCCAGGAGAGCCGCCCCCACGUUGGAGGUUGACGCCCCCGCCGAGUCCUCUCCCGUGCCUCUCGAGGACCAUGUCAGGGAUGACAGCUGCCAGGCUUCUUCGUUGGAACCCUGCGCCAGCGGUCCGCCUGUCCAGACUGUGAGGGCCACACAUUGCCAGGCUGACUACAGAUACGGUACAUUUUCCCGUAAUCACCAGUGCACCUGUAUGGCUCUGACAUUUUUAGCGUACCACAGUGAAGGGUUGCAGUGUGACACAGUCUUACUUGACAGAGUACUUGAGCAAGGAGAUGCACUUUAUGUUGGCAUUAAACAGCAGCUCAUGUUGGACGGUAGAUUUGUUGAUAAUCACUUGACAGUUGAAGAGAUGCCCCAACAAGUACUGACAGACGGGAACAUCUACACUGUACACACAACAGGUGUAAGAGUUGGUCAUGUUUUGUGUCAGAAUGAUAGCCCUCAAAGAUCACGGCGAAUGGGAUUGCCUCUUGCUUCACAACUAGAGUGUCUGUCUGAAAAUGUCACCCAUGCUUUUCUUUUGGUGAAUCCAGAGUGCAUUGCAGUUUUCCGGGACAGAGACGGUAGGUUUGGAGUUUUUGAUUCUCACUCCAGAAACUCAGCAGGUCUGCCCUAUCCUAACGGAACUGCAGUAGUCAUGACUUUUAGCAACCUAACGCUCAUGGUUGAACAUCUGUACAAACUCUUUGAGAACCGUGGCCCCUGUGCCACGUAUGAGUUUGUAGCUGUAUCGUUUGUCAGCGACGACAUUGGUGAUGCCCCUCCUCCGGCCUUGAGCAAUCUGAAUAUUUCACCUGGAUCCACACAAGCAAGCCCAGGUGUUGAGAAACCAGAAAGCACUUCUGAUGAAGAGGAAAUGCCAGCUUGGCUUGCUGAAGUUGGAAAGAAGUCCGAUGUCAACCAACAGGACGAGAUGAAAAAGAUCAUGCAGGCCUUUUCAAAACAGUUAGUGCUCAAGAGUCAGUAGCCUGUACAUGUAGUCUACCCCUUAAAAAGUCAUCACGCAGUGUCAUUUUUAUCCAAACUGAUGAAGACUGUGUGAAAAUGAGCCUUCCCAUGAGCAAACUGAUGAACAUGGCCCCAGAUGAAGAGAAUGUUUGGAUGACAAGAUUGCCUGAAAAAUAUCUCGUUUGGAAUGCGUAGCGGAGCGACCCUCAAUCGAUGAAAAUGAAGAACAAGACCCUGUCCCAGAAUACCAAGUUGAUGUCAACAGUGGAGCCAUGCCAGCAAUCGAAAUACCCAAAUUGAGCCCUGAUUUUAUUAGACAAAUAGUAGUUUAAAUGAGACUCAAGCGUCUCAAAAUCCAGACCCGUUCUUUUAUUUUUUGACUGGAGGGGCGGGCUGUGGCAAGUCUCAUGUUAUCAAAUGUGUUUACCAGGAAGCAACCAAGCUCUUGCGCCAGAUUUCAUGAUAUUGGUGACAUGUCUCAGCCCACGGUACUCCUCACAGCUUUUACUGGAACUGCAGCUUACAACAUCUCAGGCAAGACUACAUUCAGUUUUGAAGCUACCCAAAAGCUUAAAGCCACCAUACAAAGGACUUGGAAAUACACUGGAUGAAGUGAGAGCCGUUCUUUCCAAUGUAGAAAUCUUAAUCAGCAAUCAAGGAGUUGUUUGGAUCAAAGGAUUUACUCAACUCAUCUCGGAUCCAACAACGGAAAGGCAGACUCUCAUUGACCACAUUUACAUAUCUCAGCCAGAAUAUUGCCUUGAGAGGAGGGCUGGGAAACAAAUUACACUAGGACAAUAGUCCUGUCAUUUUUAAUGGUACUCCAUCUUAGGUAAAAACACCAAAGUGAGAACAAAUAAUCAGAAUCAAAUGUCCUCAAUGAUUCGCUUGGAUACUGGAAAUCCAGUUGAUGUAUUUAACAGGUAAUAAGAAUAACGGUGUCGGCUGACGGCCUGUACAGGUCCAGUAACGGCUGUGAAGCUUAUUACUCUUGAAUACAGCUACUUCAGACGACCACUGAACUAAUUUGGAGACCAGUGCAUUUUUGAAACAUUUUAUUUAACUCCCCUAGAGAACCUGCUAGAGCUCUCUAGUAUUCUUUUUAUUUUCCUUUUUUGGUUUUCUUUCUGAUCAUGAGCCAAUACUCCAGUCUGAUGGAGCAGUUUUUUCCACACUAUGGACAUUCUCCACUCCGCUCUGUUUGCUUGGCCAUUAUGUUAAUUUGCUUUGAGUGGAAAUAACCGUUUUUUGCCCAGUUUUAGUAAGUUUUUGCAGGCUUGAGAGCAUGCAACGCACAGUAUGACUCAUGAGGGUUCCAAGAAGAGAUGGAGGAGGCUGGACCUGGUCGAUUUGCAGAGCGGCCCAUCAUACGUCACCAAGCGCAGGACACCCCAACCCACCUGGCAGCCUUGAUCUUCCAAGCAGUCUACAGAGAACAAGAUAUGGCUUUCAUUUUGCUUUUCAUUAACUGAGUUUAGGAUAAGUUAUUUUCUGUGCUUUUCUCAUUGAAGUAAUUUGUCUCUUUAUGUCAAGGUUUCUGGACUCCGUGCUCCAUGACCAGCUGGAGCGUCAACGAGGCGGGAGCAAACAUCAAGCAUUUGCGGCACACAGUCUGCAACCUCUGGACUUAUGUGGCUAUUUUGAACUUUCCUCCACUUCUCACCAUGAAGGCUCUGAUGUGAAGCAGCAGAUCACAUCCCAACAGGAAACUAAAGUGUCUCAAGUCAAAGAGCUUCA